UAAAUUAUGCAAGAAAAAAAUUCAAAAAUACAUGUGAUUUAAAAUUAUUUAGAUUCUUCAAAACAAUAAACAUGUCCAUCGUUUCUUCUUCUUCUCCAAAGAAAAAGAAAACAGUGAAGAAGAAAUGAAGCUCAUUAAUCCAGUUAUGGCGAUCCUUUUCCUAACGAUGAUAGGCCUUUCAACGGCGAUGGAUAUGUCGAUCAUUUCCUACGAUGACUGCCACCACACCGUCUCCGCCGGCAGCCGGAGCGACGCCGAUGUUUCAAGGCUCUACGAGGAGUGGCUUGGGAAACACGGGAAGGUUCAGAGUUCUCUUACAGAGAAAGAUCGACGGUUCGAGAUCCUUAAAGACAAUCUCCGCUUCGUCGACGACCACAACGCGAAGAAUCUUAGUUACAGAUUGGGUCUUACGAAGUUCGCGGAUCUUACUAACGACGAGUACAGAUCCAUGUAUGUCGUCGGCUCCAGGCUCAAGAGGAGGACAUCCACGAGGACCAGCCUUCGCUACGAGGCUCGUGUGGGUGACGCGCUUCCGGAGAGCGUUGACUGGAGGAAGGAAGGUGCCGUGGCUUAGGUUAAAGAUCAGGGAAGCUGCGGGAGUUGUUGGGCAUUUUCAGCCAUCGAAGCUGUGGAGGGCGUAAACAAAAUCGUGACCGGAGACUUGAUAUCUUUGUCUGAGCAAGAGUUAGUGGACUGUGACACUCCAUAUAACGAAGGCUGUAACGGUGGCCUCAUGGACUAUGCUUUCAAGUUCAUUAUAAACUAUUAGCUUAUAUAUAUCUUUGGUAUAGUUUCCUUUAGCUAACCAUUGGUUUAGUGUGGUUUGGUUUCCUUUUGCCUAACCACUAGAGUAUAAAUACAUAACAAUGUAUGUUUUCUACGGUUAAUGAGAAAGUUUAUUUUCAUCAUCUUCUUUUCUUCAAUAUGGUAUCAGAGCUAAAAUGGAUCCUCCAUUGAUUCUGUUACUCGAGCUUUCUUCUUCACCAUGAGCGUUUCGAUUUCGCAGUAUCUUUCUGCUCUCUGUACUCGCUACGUGAUUCUUCUGCUCGAGUUUCUGGGAUUCGUUUCGACCGUUUUCUUUUUUGCUGUUCUUCGAUCUUUCGAUUGAGCUGAUUCGAGUUUUCUCUGAGCUCUUUCUUGCUGGAUUCUCAUCGAUUGAUCUGGUUUCUCAGCUUCUUGAGGUCGUUCUCUGCUUUUCUUUCUCAUUUUAGCUUCCGCGCACAUGGCGAAUCUUGAUCGACCUUCUACGGAUCAUUACGAGAAUCCGUAUUAUCUUCAUUCAUCGGAUCAUGCUGGUUUGGUGCUUGUUUCUGAUCGCUUGACUUCUGGAUCUGAGUUUCAUUCAUGGCGAAGAUCGGUGCGAAUGGCCUUGAACGUUCGUAACAAACUUGGCUUCAUCGACGGAACGAUUCCAAAGCCGUUGCC